AACUGUGUAUCGCCCAUGAAAACAGAAGCCUUACACAAGACUCUUGAGGAAGCACAUUGGAACUCGGUGGGCAGCGUUCGCCCGCUCUCUGUGAAUCCAGUGGUGAGGGCUUUCAGGAGGAUGGCUGUGUUGAGAUCUCUCCAUCUUGUGGUUUUGUGGGCAGCAGUGUCCUAUUCUAUGGCCUUUAACAUAGACGUUGCAGGACCAAAGAUUUACACUGGAUCAGGACCUGGCUACAAGUCAUUGCACUUUCAGUCUGGGACAGAGAAAGGGUCUGUUUUCAGGGUACCACUUCAAAGAAAUGGAAAUGGAGGGGUCUUCAUAUGUGACGACACAAAUCCAGACUGCAAAUCUGUUCCGCUGCCAAGUGCAGCAGAGGCCAAUUCUAAAGAGCGCGCAAAGCAGAAGGUAGAUCUAGUAUUCCUCUUUGAUGGAUCCAUGAGCAUGAACGACGAAGACUUUGUAAAAAGUAAAGAAUUCAUCAAAACCAUCAUGAAGAGCAUGAGUAACACUUCAAUACAAUUUGCAGCAGUUCAGUUUUCCAAAGUAUCCCGAACAGUUUUCACAUUUAAAGACUACCAGGACAACAAAGCCUUUAAAAAACUGGAUGAUGAAGAACAUAUGAAAUCUCUGACACACACACAUGGAGCCAUGCACUACGCUCUGAAUAAUCUUUUUGACGAAUCAGAGAGUGGUCGACACCCAGAUGCAACAAAGGUGGUGGUCAUCAUUACUGAUGGCAAUCCAUCAGAUCCUGCUAGAGUCAAAGUGAAUGGCACCUCAAAGAAUAUUGUAGAAAUCUAUGAAGACCGACACAUCAUGCGCUUUGUCAUUGGGGUAUGUAUUGAAUAUUUGUUUCAGCUAUCUGUUUGGUUCACACAGUGAGGUUGCUUGAAAGAG